AUAAUGUAACGACCCGAAUUUCGAUCUCGGAACUCGUUAGCCGGCUAAGGCCCAAGCAAUACAUCAAAACUAAAAUGUUUGUUUAUAAAUACCCCAUUUUCACAUUGUUUUCUCCACCUGCAUCAAAAAGAAAUCAGAAAAGUUAGAGAGAAGAAGAAGUGAAAAAGAGAGAGUGAGAGAAAGAAAGAUAGGAACCACUGCAUGCUGCCACCAGGAGUCCUCGCCGGAGCCACCGCACGCCAGGACAUCGUCAAGCUCGUCAUCACCAUCAACCGCAGCUGAGUAUCGUCGGAAACCGCCGCCUCUUAAGCUUUGUUUUCGUCCGUUCAGUAUAUCGGCCAUAUCUUCUUAACCGUUGAGAAUCUCGCGCAUGCAGAGCCACCAUCGUGUUCCUCUCGUCGAGACGAAGCCGUAGCCACCGACCACGCCGCAAUCGGAGUCCGGACGAAGCCGCUAGAGCAUCCGGAAGUUUCGCCUCUGUGCGCGCGUGAGUUACACGCGCCGCCGCCAGAAAUCGUCUCCGCCGCCAGACCACCACCGGAACGCCGUCGCUGUCGCCGUGCUCCGCCUUCUGUCGCCGCCGUCGUCCGCCGUCACCACCGGUAAGCCAUCGCCGUCGCCGUCGGUGACCGUCGCCGGUGACUCGCCGACGACUCGCCAACUCGGCUGAGUCGACCCGGUGAGUCAACUCGGUUGACUCGGUUAACCGCUGGUUUGACUGGUUUGACCGGUUUAAAUUGAUUUCGUUUCGGUUAGGGUAAACCGGUCGGUUAGGACAAAUUGAUUUCUGGUCAAGGGUUGACCGGAUUGACCUUUGACCAUCGAAUUGACUUUUCCAUAAACCUUGACCAGACCCGUUUUAAACCGUUCGAAAGGCGUUCUGACUCGAUUUUUCGCCCUGAUUUCAGAUUUGGAGUCUAUUUGAGCAUCUGGAGUUCAUAGAUACCACAUUUCCCUAUUGCUAAGGUGAGACCGACGAGCAGGAGUGAUUAUCGGACCGGUGCUAUUGGGCUUUUGGGCUUCUAUCGCUUUUAUCGUUAUCGGGCUUUUAGGCCUUUGGCUUUUAUCGUUUAUGUUAUUUCCUAUUUCAGACUUAUACCGUUAUCUAUAUUUCGGAUGUUAUUUUAUAUUAUGGAUUUCCAGCGUGGACGUUGACUUUUAUAUUUAUAAAUAGAGAUUUCAGAAACUAUUAUUUAUCGCAUCAUUUUUAUUAUUAUUUCGAAAGUGACGGGCGUCACAGUUUUGGUAUCAGAGCGGGGUUCUGUCCCGGCUCCGACCCGGGAUGGCGAUUUUGGAGACCUGGUUUUAUUCGGUUUUAUUCGAUUUUAACAGUUUUAGACGAUUUCAAAAUAUUUUUGGGGAUUUGGGAAUUUUGAAAAUGAAAAUAAAUAGCACCUUUCCGUUCGAUAUCACUUCUCCUUAAAUGUUGGUAUCAAAAGUUGAGCGUAAGUUAACAUUUCGCUUUCCUUUCAGAUGCCGCCAAGGAGAAGAACCACCCGUGCCCAGACCACCAGAGCUGUUAGAGACGAUGUAGAUGAGCAUGAGCAGCCCGCAGUUCCGCCACCCGCGGCUCCACCAGUUGAUCAGGAUGCAUUGAGACAGAUGGUUCAGGAUGCCGCUAGACAGGCCGCUCAGGAGGCACUUCAGCAGAUUGCCCAGGAGGCAGCCAGGCAGGCCGCUCAGGAGGCUGCCCGAGUAGCUGCUCAGGAGGUUGCUCGUCAGAUGGCUGCAGUUCAGCAGGCUCCUCAGGUUCAGGUGCAGCAGGGUCCACAGAUUCAGGUUCAGCAAGUUCCACCGGUUCAGGUCCAGCAGGAUCAGCAGAUUCCCGCUCAGCAUGAUCAUCAGGAUCCCGUUCAGCAGGUUCCCCUUCCUCAGGUUCCACUGCAGCACGGACCAGCUCAGCAGUUUGCUCAUGGUGUUCAGGAUCUACCACCACCACCACCGCGACCUCAUGUUUACCCGGUUUAUGAUGAGAGGUUCUACAGGCUGACGCGUCAGAUGAGGAACAUGGAUAUGGAGCAUUUUAGUGGGACAGUGGAUGCUGUAGCUGCACAUGAUUGGAAGUUAGCCUUGCAGCGGAAGCUGGAGAUUAUUGAGUGUCCACCAGAGUUGUCGCUCAGAUUGACUAUGCAGUACCUUCGUGGAGAUGCUCUUAUAUGGUGGGAGGGAAUACGAUUGAGUCACCUUGGGCCAGAGAGGCUUACCUUCGCAGACUUCAUCCGAGAGUUCGAUAGGAAAUACUUUCCGAAGGAAGCUAUGGAUAGGAAGAAAUGCGAGUUCGAGCAUGUAAGCCAGGGUGAGAUGUCUAUCAGGGAGUAUGAGGUUGUGUUUAACCAACUUCGCAGAUUUGCUGGAGAGGGCAUUUUAGAGGAAGACCUGAUGAGAAAAUUUUUGAAUGGGAUGCGAGUGGAGAUUCGCAACAGGUGCCGUGUCGUCACUUAUCACAGAUUGGGAGAUUUGGUGGAGAAGGCUGCCGAGCAGGAGGCAGGUUUGGCAGAGGAGCAGAAGUACUCCAAGGCAGUUCAGCCUAAGUUUGGAGGGACUUCAGAGGCACAGCAGAGGACAUGGGACAAACCGAGCAUACAGUGCUUUUACUGUGGAAAGAUGGGACAUAAGAGUAGGGUUUGUCGGAGUAGGCUAUUUGAUGCUCAGGUUGCGCCACCAGUCAGACAGAUUGCAGCACCAGCAGCACCAGCAGCGGCACAUGUCUGCUUUGGCUGUGGUCAUCCAGGUCACUUCAUCAGAGAUUGCCCGAGGAGGGGCAAUGCGGCACUUCCACCACCACCGAAGCGUCUAGCCAUCGCUCCACGUGCGUUUGCGGUUGGAGAUCCCCAUGGAGCUGAGCCGAAAGCGGGUAUGUGUUCUUAACAUACUUGCUUGUGUUAAUAUUUGUGGUUUUGUGGUUAUCUUGUAUAGUUCGAGAUUAGUGAAUAUCGUGUAUGAUUGGUUGUGGUUGGUGUGAGUUACCUCACACCUUAUUUGACUUAAGAGCUUUUCAUAGUUUUGUGAGUUCGCGUUUGGUUAAGUUUUAGUUUUUUUUGGGGGAUCUUCUAACCGAAAUAUAAGCAGAUUCAGAUUGUUGUUAUGGAGAGCUUGGGAACGAUCAAGAUUCAUCGCGAUAUACCUGUUAUCAUUUGAGUAUUAUGAUGGUAUCGUCGAGGUUUUUAUGGUGGGUCUAGUCGUACACCACUUUGUUGGACCAAAGUGGGGGAGAGACGUGAGAUGGAAUCAACAAUGAUUCAAGAGACGGUAGAGCAAAUGGAAAUGCUCGAAGCUUAGGUUAGGAAGCCCAUGACCGUCAGAAGAGUUACGUGGAUAAGCGCCGUAAGGAUUUGGAUUUUGAAGUUGGCGACCUAAUAAAUCUGAAGGAGGAUGUUUCAAGAAGAAUCAAAGAUUCGGAAUCUAAAGAAGCUUAACCAAAAUAUAUGGGAACAUAUCUCUUUAUUGGUCAGCAAGUGAAAUCAGUCUAGGGAGUGGUGACCAUGUAUCUAGUGACGAUGUUGGUCAAGGUUCGUUGGGAGGAAUAAGAUUCAAGAGGAGACCUGAGCCGAGCAAGGAUUAUUAUUCGAGGUUUUGUUACGAUGACAUUGGACAUGUCAGAUUAUGACUUGAAUUCGGGGACGAAUUCCUUAUAAGUGGGGGAGAAUUGUAACGACCCGAAUUUCGAUCUCGGAACUCGUUAGCCGGCUAAGGCCCAAGCAAUACAUCAAAACUAAAAUGUUUGUUUAUAAAUACCCCAUUUUCACAUUGUUUUCUCCACCUGCAUCAAAAAGAAAUCAGAAAAGUUAGAGAGAAGAAGAAGUGAAAAAGAGAGAGUGAGAGAAAGAAAGAUAGGAACCACUGCAUGCUGCCACCAGGAGUCCUCGCCGGAGCCACCGCACGCCAGGACAUCGUCAAGCUCGUCAUCACCAUCAACCGCAGCUGAGUAUCGUCGGAAACCGCCGCCUCUUAAGCUUUGUUUUCGUCCGUUCAGUAUAUCGGCCAUAUCUUCUUAACCGUUGAGAAUCUCGCGCAUGCAGAGCCACCAUCGUGUUCCUCUCGUCGAGACGAAGCCGUAGCCACCGACCACGCCGCAAUCGGAGUCCGGACGAAGCCGCUAGAGCAUCCGGAAGUUUCGCCUCUGUGCGCGCGUGAGUUACACGCGCCGCCGCCAGAAAUCGUCUCCGCCGCCAGACCACCACCGGAACGCCGUCGCUGUCGCCGUGCUCCGCCUUCUGUCGCCGCCGUCGUCCGCCGUCACCACCGGUAAGCCAUCGCCGUCGCCGUCGGUGACCGUCGCCGGUGACUCGCCGACGACUCGCCAACUCGGCUGAGUCGACCCGGUGAGUCAACUCGGUUGACUCGGUUAACCGCUGGUUUGACUGGUUUGACCGGUUUAAAUUGAUUUCGUUUCGGUUAGGGUAAACCGGUCGGUUAGGACAAAUUGAUUUCUGGUCAAGGGUUGACCGGAUUGACCUUUGACCAUCGAAUUGACUUUUCCAUAA